GUUGCGUGCGAAGUUGGUUCCUUUAAACUGGUGAUAGUUGGAUGCAUAAAAACGCAUUGCUGAUGCUGUCGUAAUUUUUCUCAAUCAAUCAAGAUUCGUUUCUGCCUUGGAGGUGAUCGCUAAAGAAUGCCUAACCAUGGAUGUUCUGUAUACAUUUGAUUACUGGGAUCGAGUCAGUUACGCACUGACUUCGCAUGACGCCUUAGAAUGAGAGAAAAACCUCUGUCCUUCGCGAAUUCCGCAUCUUCUGUCGUACAACGUCGUCGCUUGGAGUGAAAACGAGUACGAGUCAACGAGUGUUUGCGAGUCUACGAGUGGUCGUCAGCACGAUUGGAGUCUACGAGUGGUCGUCACGAGUGAUACAUAGGGCAUGGCUCCUCGUUGCUUUUCGCCGGUUGCUUCCUUUCUGCAACUUUAUUAAACUUUUUGACUUUAUUAAACUUUAUUAUUUUCCUCUUGUUGCGUGCGCGUAUGUCGUUAGCUUCGAGGUCGUAAGGCCAGGGUGCUGGAGUACUGCAUGACUGAGUAUCACAUCGUGUUUCAGCUUUUUCGGCUUCUACGGUCAACAUCAUGAAAGAUUGCAUCUUCAUGACCGUCGUAAGCAGUUCUUGUUUUCGUCCAUCUUCCUACUGUGUUGUGACUGCUUGGAUCUUGCAGUCGUUCGGAUGCGAUCUCGUACCGAGUGACUUCAUGGUGACAUUUUUAUGUUCCAUCACGUGGCCACGUUAGAGUGAUGUACUUAUGUUACAUCACGACGUGGCUACACAUCUUCACGUGGUCAAGGUCAUACAUCACUUAACGCCCCGCGGGAGAUGCGAGCAGCCACUUCACUCGUCCCAGCGCCCUCCUGCACCAUGGGCCCCUGCUGAAGUGAUUGUCAACAUCAAGGAGCCGGCUGAAGUGAGCCCCUCUGAGCCGGCUGAAGUGAUUGUCAACAUCAAGGAGGCAAGGUUACUUAUCUUCAUGAUGUAAUAUCACGACGAGUUAUUUGUAUGUGUAUGAAGAGGACUACUACUAAUAUCAUGAACUUGAAUCAAGAUGAUCACUGUUCAAAUUUUACAAAAAUGCUUAGUCCCCUGAUUUGAUAUCAAUGUAUCGAUCUUCUGUCCUAAACCUCGACGAGAGUGAGUCUCUGCUUUUUCCCCAAGAUCAAGAACACAAAAAAGAGUAUAGUCUCUAGGAAAAACAUCUUAUACGUAACAAGGCAAGUGCACGAAUCAACUUUCUUGAAGAAAAGUCUUCAAUCUGAGAGAAUUACAAGCAAACGAAAACGUCAUCAGUUAAUUUAAGUACAACUACGACAACGACAUCUACGCACAUCUUCAUCUUCAAUAAGUAUGAAUACGAACAAGAACAACGGGACGUCGAUCCGCCUCCAACUUACUACUUACUACAGUCUCCACCAACAUUAAGAACAAAAAGAAUGUCGUUAACGUCGGACCUAACGCCUUUUUCCACUUCGAACAAGAUGGAAAAGGCUUUCCCUCCUGCUUCGAAGGUGGACGAUCCAGAGGCCGAAGUCGUCCCUUCCGGUAAGAAGUCUACGAACACGAUGAACAGCUAUGGCGCCAUGGACUGUGAGCCUAAGGCGAAAACCUGGAAACCUGUGCUAAAAGUGGAGCGCCAAGUGUUAAGGCAUGGGCAAAAUGAACUGCAACAAAGUAGCUUCUUCUACUAAGUCUAUGUCUAACUGUGGUGCAUAUUCGUAUGCCAUUGCAUCAAGUCAAAUCGUCUACAGCUAAGAACUCCAACCCAUUUUGGGUCUUAAUUUUGGUUAUGGGUUCACCCAUCCUGGAAGAAGUUCAUGAAUUGAAGAUGAUUUUGUAGGUUUUUAUUUAGGGGAGGCCUUGUCAUGGAAUUUGUGAGAGCAAACAAAGUGCCUCAGAGAGGAAUUGUUUUUAUCACAGCAAAAAACUCCAGAUCUCUAACAAAAAUGCAUCCGCGCCAAGACCUCUAUACUCGCAACUGGAAGAAGCUGGCUACUGCGAUCACCCUCGUGGUCGUACUGUUAGUGUUUUCGGGCAUCGGCGUGUUUAUGCUUCUCUCCCCGCAUCCCGAGGAGCUGUGGGCCAAUCUAUUCGGGAAUACCACUGAGGCGCGGCCAAGGUCACCUUCUUUACGCGGGCUCGCGUCUGGACUGAGUUCUCAAGGUACUACGACAUGUAGACUAAAUCUUUGCACUCAAGGCACUAAAGCAACAUGAUGUAGACCACCUUUGUAAUGAAUAUAGGUCUUUGUCGUGCUCAAUCAUGUUCAUGCUGCUGUUCUCCGCCCCUGGUGGAAGGGACGCAAGUGCCUCUGAGAGGACAAGCGCCCGCCCCUGGUGGGACAAGAUGCCGCCACCUCUGAGAGGGAGCGGGGGCGUGCGGGACACAAUGAGGCGCCGUAGCGUUUUGCGAGAAGUGCGCCGCGAUUGUUGUGCAGCAUGGGGAGGCUUGGACGCAUGGAGGCCCUGCGGGCCUGUGCUUACUACGGAGAUACUGGGACAGCGCCGACUGGCGUGGGUGAUGGUUAUUCCUCCUGUGAUGCAAGAGAACGAAAGAGAGGCGGCCAGCCUGGGGCGCCUUUCUCCAUUGUGUGCCAGCGCCAGGCCCAGGGCCUUCGCUCCACUGAUGAGCCGAACCGCAAACGGCACCGCAGGAGAUGGGGGCGCGCUGGCUUCCGUGGUCCUUGUCUUCUGACUGUGUGCCCAAGGUGGGGAGAGCCCCACAGCCUCGGCAGGCUGGUGCCGCCUCGUUUUCCUCCAAAGAAAGCAAGACGAAAGGGCAAGGCCGUGGCUGCGAAGCCGUGAGGAGGUUCGACGGGCUUGUUGGCUGCCUUGGUGUGGUCGCUUUCUAGGCCCGUGUCGUGUGGUGUGCGCGGCUUGGUUGCUCGCCUCGCCCUUGUCGGGAUCUGUCUGCCCUCCUCCGCCUCCCUCUUUCCCCUUUUGUUUCGUUCUUCCCUCCUGACCUCGGUAGCGGUCCGUCGUUGUGGAUGGAGGGUUAACCCUAGCCACGGACCCGCGCACCGGUCGCCAGUGAUAAUUGAACAGGCCAACGCCGAAACAACUAAGCCACCUGCGCAGCUGGCUUAGUGGUUUAGGCGUUGGCCUGUUCACUUAUCAUUCAAACUACCGGGGUUGGCUCGGCCGCCUUUCUCGCGGUCUUUCUCUGUCGCUAGGCACCCCCUGCUGUGGCUAGGUGGGUCGCCGCCUUUCAUAUGCGGCUGGUAUCAUUAGGCUGCCAAGUUCAUUGGGGUCUGGGUUUGCGUUCAUUCCCGCGACCUCAGUGGCCAGGCCCCGCCCUUCUUGGGUGGGGCCGGUCAAGUUUGCUGAUGUCGGGCUCAUCGGUGGCUGCGUCUUACCGGCUUGGCCCAUUCUGUGGCUGGUGUGUGCACUGGGGCGCGCUCAAUCAGACGCCCCCCGCCCUUUGGCCUCGAUGCGUAUUUUGGACCUUGUCACUUUUUUGGCAUUGCCGGGGCUCGAAUCCUAGGCAGUUUGCUUGAUAAGUGAACAGGCCAACGCCCAAACCACGAAACCCGAGGCGGGCAGACAGCGCGUCAGCUUCGCACUUCUUGGCGCUGCUACUUUUCUGGGGUCUGAUCGCUCGGCGGGCCCGGGCGGCUUGGUUGAGGAUGCCCAAGGCGGACCUGGUCGUUUGAAGUGGAGACUCUCUGGCGAACACCGACCUGCCGCCGUCCCUACUCCCCUGGUGGAGUGACGGCAAGGCCCCCGGCUUGGCCUCAAGUUCCCCUGAAGACUGAACACGGGUGAAGGCCCAGCGCGUUGAUGAGUCGCCUUCUAUACAUGCAUGGAUGCCCAUGCUGUUGGCCCCUCUUCUACCUCUUCUACCGUUAUUAACCUAACCUAACAUCUGCCAUCGUCCCAAAUCAAUGCAUGCUAUCGAAGAUAAAAAUGGAUGCAGUUUCUCAAUCGUUUUGCUUAUACAACAAUUUAUUUGAUGCGCCUUUUUAAUAUUUUUAUCAGUAUCUUCAUUCUAUAGUGUUGGUCAUGGUCGUAAAUCCUUGGAACUAUCACAAAGACCCACCAAGAUCAGAAGGAUGAAGAUCAUCAAAAUGACCAAGAUCGCCAGGCAAAAGGUUACCGGAGCACCAUCCAAACGCCCGACGGGUUUACCGUCGCGCGGGUGUCUCUGGCUUCUCCUCUCUCUCUCGUAGGUGGCUCAAGCCUCCCAAAACAGUCAAGGACAAAGCAACACAGGAAAGACCUCAAGGUAACCUACAGACCUAAAUGCGUAUGGUUCCAAAAUCAACGAUCAACAGGCAAAGGACCUUCAACGUAUUCAGAUAGCAGAGAUAAUGAAUGUUCAUAGCUGUAAUCAGGUUCGUAAUGUUUUGAUCAGUUCAAAGAACAUAUGGGUGAUCGUAUGAAUCAAUGAUGAUAGCAUAGGCGUUCCAUAUGAAGCAUAUGAAAGCUUUCCCAUGCAACAUGAUAUCCCAAUGAAGAAGCUGAGACUUCUUUCCCUUGCAACCCCAAUGAACAUCCACAGGGAUCAAAGCAGCCAGAGACCAUCUGCCUCAGGCUGUUAGUGCAAUCGGUAUCAAUCUCAAGCGUUUCUCAAUGAGAAACUAGACGCGACUUAACAGUCUGUGUUCGAAUGUUCCAACACUGCUUUGACCCUUGAGUCUGGCUCAGCAUAGAGUAGAAAUUCAUGCAGAAACAAAAUGUCUCGCGAAGAAACUCGACUUGCCUCAAAACUACCCGAAUGUAGUUGGCAUGGCGGCAGCUCCUCAUGGUAUUCCUAACGGAGUUACCACCCGGGAGGACGCAGCCAAAAUGUCGCAAGGCAGAGCCGAGACGCGGAACCGGUGGAGGAUGGAUUUUGCUCGCAGAAUUUGGACGAUGACGAGACUGAAGACGAAAUAGCUGUGGAUAAUAGUGGGGGAGUAAAACUGAUAGGACAUAGUCUUUCAACUAGUUCCAUUACUGCAAGAAGAUAGAGUUAGUCUGGUUGAUAGUUGUGCAAGCACGUAUCCUCUCAAGACACAAAGAUAGGUCAUUGGUAUAACUACGAGAAUUUGUAGGAUGGCUUACUGGUAGCGUUGGAAAAAGGGCUUAGGUCAUAUUAUGCCUUGGCUAGGUGAAAGGGAACUGCUCGCAAUUAGGAUGGGAAUCCAACUUCAAAGGCGCAGGUGGUUGUCUCGUGCAUACGGACACCAGCCAGGCCAUACCCAUAAGAAACCAUCCACGCCUGCAGCUUCCACACUUGCGCGCAAACUUACUCAAAGAAGAGACUGAUAGUGGUUGUAUUUGGUCAACAGUAGAAGAAGGAGUCAGUAGAUGUUACCUUACAAGACUCGAACGUCAUAGAAGGUGUGGGCACUUUCAUAUAGAUGGCCUCCAGGUAAAUUGUCCUGAGUGCGAUCUACAGAAAGGCCAACGCGCACCAUAUGCAAACCAAUAGAGACACUUCGAAUUGCGAAGGCGUAUCAGUUAGGUCAAAGAGCUGUGCAUUCGUGAUUUCUGUAAUGUAAUUAGGAAGGUGUGCGUCGACCGCUUAAGCUGUAAAGUGACCGUGUGGAGGAAAUAGAAAGAAGCGACAAAAGGCAUUCGCCAGGACUACUCCUUAUCUCUAUAUGACAAGGUAGUAUGGUUCCUCCGGAGGGAUGGAGAACCUGUCCUGAGCAGUGACGACAUGACCAAAUAAGUUAUGCAAUCGCUGCGAGUCUCAGACAGUCCGGCUGUUCCUUAUAAUCUGGAUUGAAUGAGACCUGCGAACGUUUUAUGCGGAAUUUGUUCGGCAGUGUUCGCACAAUGCUGACUAAGUUGAUAAACGUCUCUGGUGUUACUGCGUCGAGUACGCUGGUGACUGCUGGGAUUGUUUACCGCAUAACUACGCGAAAAUGCCUCAAAACGAUGGAAAGAGUCCUACUCAAAUCUUGGAAUAAAGGACUGGUAGAAACUCGCUGAAGAGUUCACUUCAAUCGACAUGCUCCGUCGAUUUGGUUGUCUAGUUCACUUCCGUGAACAAAUUCAAUCCAACACUCCUGAACCCAAGCUCUCGGCCAAAUACCGCCGUGACGUCUUCCCUUGGAUUCUGUCCGAAGUCGUCUGGUUGGUUGGUUGGAACGUUCGCUCAUGACGAUCGUUGCAAGCUUGGACAUCGAUGGGCGGAAUACUCUACCCGAGAUGUAAAGUUUGUUCAGAGAGGACUACUUAAUAAAGGAUAUUGAUUGGCUUUUGCCAGAUCAAAGGGCAUCUACAUAGAGUCUGACGAACUGGAAAACCUGCCGGGUGGCGCGUCGUAGCUGGGCUCCCCCUUGCCUGGACAGUCAGAGCCAAGGCUGGAUCAUCAAUCGGGGUUCUCUGGCACGGAGCACAUUCCAGGUGGACCGACCGGAAUUUCCGAAGAGAUUACUGGAUAAAGUAGAGGAAUCCAACGCAGCUGACUCUUCUAAAGGUGUUACACCUGAGGAGGGGAAAACUGAAGCGAAGGAUCGCGUGGCAUCUGCUCCGCUUAGUCCGUCUAGGUUGAAAGCGCCCUCUCCAGCACGUGUUGUGGCAGGCGAACGCCAUACACACGGCGAGAAGCGUGGCCGACCAAAAGGAGCUAAGGACAAGGCAGGCAGCAGGGUACGAAGAACAAAGAAACAGUUAGAAGAAUUGAGAAAGAGUAUGGCGCUGCUCGCUAGUGCAGUUGGUGGCAUGUGUGAACUCGACGAAGAUGAGGAACUCGUCGAGUCAUGUGUGAUUUUGUCCGUUGCUCAAGCACUCAAGUCCCCUGAUGCCGAUAAGUGGCAGGAGGUUACUGAGAUGAGCAUGCGAGACUGCUAGCCUUUGAAACGUGGAAAGCAGCCUCUGACGAGGAGCUCGCGACCGCGUGACAGGCUCGACCAAUUGCCAUAAUUCUAACUAUCGAAAGAUGUGGAAGAUACAAGGCUUGUGCUUGUGUCGUCGGUAGUCUAGAUGGAUCGAUCAGGAGAGCUCAACACCUUUGCUCCCGUAGUUUCACAUACCGCAAGUAGGUUGCUCUUGACUUCUGCUACGUCAGAGCAGGACUAUGUGAUCCCGUUCGAUUUAGAUCUUGCGUUCCUCAAUGCUGAACUCGAUCGCGAUGUCUUCUGUCAUCUCCCAUCCAUCUGGGCAGAGAAGCAUGGACGCGAGAUCGUGAAGCUCAAGAAGGCCUUAUACGGCUUGAAGGACGCACCACGAGCAUGGUUCAAGAAAUAUCACGACAUACUAGCCAUUCUUGGCUGGGAGCCGUGUGAUUCUGCGCCAGGCUUAUGGAGAAAACCGAGAGCGAAAGCACCAGAGAAGUUCCUCAAGAUGUCGCCAAGGACUUCUUAGGUGCCGUCGUGUACUACUGUCGUGAAGCUCGAACAUUUCGGCUCAACGAGGAAGAGCACAUCGAUAGAAUCGCAAAGAGAUUUGAAAUCCAAGUCGGGAAUCCGGUUUACUCGCCCUAUUUUGACGAGUCGACUUUUCUUGAGGAGGGGAUCAAGAUAGUCGAUGGGUAUCCUUAUCGUGAGGUAGUUGGUGCCUUGCUAUGGGUAGCUGUAACCGCGCGCCCGGGCAUCUCUGUACCGGUGGCAGGCGUUGGUUAGACAUGACAGCAAACCAACGUCAACACGAAUGGCUAAAGCAGCCAGAAAAGUGCUGAAGUAUCUGGUGACAACGAGAGAACAAGGACUGGAAUACUCACCAGAACAAGAAGAAGAAUUCAAUAGAAUCUAUUCAAAUUAUUACCUGAAGGCAGAGAUAGGCCAGAGGUGAAUAUCUUUAGUAAUGCAGGUUUCGCCAACUGCGUGAAAACUAUGAGAACGCAAGUGAAAGAUCAUGCGCUUAAUUUCAAAGGCGUUCCAAUCGCUUGGAGAAGUAAUCGACAAACUGUCCGUGCCUAUUCUACGGCUGAAAAUGAAUAUAGUGCAGCUGCUGACACAAUUGUGCUUAGUGAACUGCAUGACUUUACAGACUUCUAUAGGCCCCUACCAACUCAGUUGGUGCACACACAGAACGGCUUGUCUCCCUCUUUAAGACAAUGCUGCGCUCUGGAUCGACAACCAAUCCGAGACCACAACAGCCAAAGCAGCUGAAACAUGCCCGAUGAGUCGCCACUAUGCACUUCGCUACUUGCGUGUGCGUGAUGCGGCGAGUUAGAUAGUUUUCUGUCCAACUAACUAACUUAGUGAAGGCUGAUGGCUUAACUAAGCUAGAAUGUAGCUCGUUUCAACGUAGACUACUACUUCGCCAUAUAGAUAACCCGGCAAAGAAAAGUCAACUAUGAAGAUUUAACUUACAAAAAGAGUAACCAUUUCGCCUAGUGGUUAAGUGUCUCAGUUCAGUUUCUCCGGAUCUGAAUGGCGCAGGGUUCGAAUCCGACAGAGGUCAGAAUUCGAAAAUGCCCGUCACUAGGAGGGCUGAGGAACGGCAUCCAUGCUGCGAAGCCGCCGGGCAAGGCCUGGAUAUGAGGUAAGAUACGGCGACCCAGAGGAAGGGCCCGGCCCGUCCUAUGCUCGCCUCGGAGAAGUGGCCAACUAGUUCAGUACUGGUUUACUUUGGUUUUAGACAAGUAUACCGUAGUCAUAGACGAAUAGUUAGGAGAUAUGAUUUCCGUGGAUAGUCCAGAGACUAGGGACUUCGACACGCAACGAUUGAGGAGGGGUGUUGGUCAUGGUCGUAAAUCCUUGGAACUAUCACAAAGAUCCACCAAGAUCAGAAGGAUGAAGAUCAUCAAAAUGACCAAGAUCGCCAGGCAAAAGGUUACCGGAGCACCAUCCAAACGCCCGACGGGUUUACCGUCGCGCGGGUGUCUCUGGCUUCUCCUCUCUCUCUCGUAUGUGGCUCAAGCCUCCCAAAACAGUCAAGGACAAAGCAACACAGGAAAGACCUCAAGGUAACCUACAGACCUAAACGCGUAUGGUUCCAAAAUCAACGAUCAACAGGCAAAGGGCCUUCAACGUAUUCAGAUAGCAGAGAUAAUGAAUGUUCAUAGCUGUAAUCAGGUUCAUAAUGUUUUGAUCAGUUCAAAGAACAUAUGGGUGAUCGUGUGAAUCAAUGAUGAUAGCAUAGGCGUUCCAUAUGAAGCAUAUGAAAGUUUUCCCAUGCAACAUGAUAUCCCAAUGAAGAAGCUGAGACUUCCUUCCCUUGCAACCCCAAUGAACAUCCACAGGGAUCAAAGCAGCCAGAGAUCAUUUGUCUCAGGCUGUUAGUGCAAUCUGUAUCAAUCUCAAGCGUUUCUCAAUGAGAAACUAGACGCGACUUAACAGUCUGUGUUCGAAUGUUCCAACAUAUAGACACUCAUGUGCGUUAACAGGUUAACUCACUGACUCACGGAAGUAGAUUAUAAUACUCCUGAUAUUUGUACUUAUGUCCUUAUGUAUGUCUUCCUUAAUAACAUAGUGUACGAGUUGUUGAUCAUUAUUAACUACGAAGUAGAUAGUGUCCUUUUCUGUGGUUGUGGGUUUAUUUGGUGAACCGGUACCCCAUUGCGGAUAAACCUGCGCACACAACCAUAGAACUGAGCACUCACCGGAGGCGUUGCACAGGGCUCCGGCCUGCCUUCGAAGGUGAGACCUCUGGGGCUGACAGGACCACGACCGCGCCGGCGCUUAGUUAGUAGUAGAGAAGUUCUUGCCUGACUUUUCUUUUUUCGGCUUUUGUUUUUUCUAGUUAGAUAUGCUCCGCCAACAUUAUUAACUACCUAGUAACAAAUCGAUUUCAUCAUGACGCACUUGCUUCUUCAUCUUCGCUCAUCUUAUCUCAUGCUCCUUCAACGUUGUGGGAUGAAUGCUUUUCACAUUAUCAAUCUAUCGAUCUACAACUUUCUCAAAAACAGGACCGGUCGACGAGCAGUGUGGUGGCAGAGAGACUGUGCGAGGAUCUCCUCACUUUUCUUGGGCAGACACUUUCUUUCGAGCAGCGGGAGUGUCACCUUCAACAUUUUUUCAGUCGUCGUGUGGAGUAUCCAGUGAAAGCGGAGCGCCUGCCCCUACUGAACAAGACCGAAAGGAAGCCCCUGCUUCGCUUCCACCAACACCCCCAGAGACCAGCGCGGGCGCCGAAGUCACACAUGUGACAGCUGACGGCUCGGACAGUCAUGACGAAGAUGAAAGAACGCGUGCUGGAGAAGACGGCGGGGCCGCCUCUCCUGCUUUGCCCCCUGGUGCCCCUGCUGCGGAGCCCGACGUGAAAGGUGCAAUCACAUCUGGAGCAGGUGGCGGUGCGCACAGGCAUAAGGAAACGGCAACGCAUGCUGGAGACGCUGCACCAGCCCAGCCUCCUGCGCCAUCGUUCAAUCCGCCUGCUACAACAACCGGCCCGGCCAACUGUGUAACAACGGGGAUGUGCAUCGACGUCGAUGACCAGAACGACAAGAAGGACGUCUCAGUCCGAUGGCACAAGUUCUGCGAGAACCUGAACACAUUUGGAAAACGUGGAGAUGAGAGUAAGCUUACGCCGGAGAAAAACAGCUUCGACUCCGUACCGCGAACAUGUGAAGAAGUGACGCAACAGUUCCUCGAUGAAAACCUGUGGGUACUCAACACUCCUUCAGUCUCUCGAUUUUGAUUUUUGUGUCAACCAUGUUUAGCUUGGAAAUAAAACAAGGAGACGGGUUAAAGAGUGAUCACCUUGUCGCUUCCUCCAACGAACUUGAUCACAACAAACUACUUCGUAUUCAUUAAAUACGAUAUAUUAUAUUAACUUCUCUCCCACUUUUCGUAAUAAUACGACAGUAUGCGAAUAGCGAGUACAGAAGCAAAAGCAAUUGGGUAAACACGGAGAACAUGCAGCAGUCUUGCUGCAAGACUGGGGCACAGACUGAAGUCUCUGCACCGUCGAAUGGCAAUGGUGCUGCGAAUGAGCCUGAAGCUCCUGCUCCUGCCCCUCCUGCUCCGAAGAUGGGGCCCGCAAAUUGCGUCACUACAGGAAAAUGCAAACGCAUGAAUAUUGAUCGCCUCGAGGACACCAUGACGAAAUUCAGCGAGCCAGUUACGCCACAUGAGAAUGAAUCAGGAGGAUGUAAUCGUGAAGGUUUCAUACUCUAUAAUGCACUGUCGACGUCAAGUUUCAUGCCCAAUAGAGUUGAGAAAAAUCCAAAUCGUUCCCCUGAAAUUCCGGUAUCGUGUGUCCCUACAGCAUGAAUUUCCACCACCUCUAAUGAAGAUUUCUGUACGGAACUGCACCAGAUUGGAGAACGUGGGGAGGUCGACGAAAGUAAGCCCACGGACGCGGUAACGAGCUGGACUAACGGUAAGGUACCAAAGCAAUGUGGCGAAGUAACGCAGCAGUAUAUGGAUCAGUACCUUUGGGUACUAGACUGGUUUUUUUUGGCUCAUCGUAGUGACCUAGUAGGUAUCUCUAUGACCACGACAGAUGUCUAACUUUAUUGGCUACAAAUUGAUUUUCUCUCUUCAAUUACGCUUUAUUUUAAUUGUUUAUAAUCAAACUGGUGAUAGUAGCAAAGUCAAAGAACUCCAACUCAGAGUAUCAAACUCAUGACGCCCCGCUGUACCUUCUUGACGCACCACUUGGGUCCAGCCAUCGGACCAAGAACUUGAAGAAUGUUGACUCCUCUCUUUCUCCCUCAAUUAAUACAGUUUUCGUAUGGACGGAGCAAACCGACAGGAACAGAUCCUUCGAAGAGUCAUUUCUAUUGGGUAGACAAAAGCGAGGAGGGCAUGGUGGAGUCUUGUUGUACGGAUGCCGCCAGUCUUCAAGCAUCUGGCAUCGAAGAAAAACCGACGCCGACCGGAGCAGCUCCUGCUGGUGCCGCUCCUCCUCCUGCUCCGAAGAGGGGGCCAGCGAAUUGCGUCACGACACGAGAAUGCAACAUGUAUUGGAGAUCUAGAAAGGAAAACACUACAUCCUUCUCGUCAGAUGAAUACUUUUUUCUCAUCUUGGUUAAACCUCGACUUUCAUACAAAUCCAUGCUGUACGCAUAUCCGAGUGGUUUACAACAAGCUAGCUCUUCGUUCCUUUCUAGUCAGCCUUAUGUAUAGUUGUUCGAUUUUUUUCAAAGCGAAACUAUUCAAGAACCUCCUUCCGCAUAAAAAGGCGUAUAGGCAUCCUGCUAACUACACCCAAUAAAUCUGACAGGUUGAUGUUCAUCUCUCGCAAACACCCUGACGGCGUUGUGAAGGACGCUGCUGGGGACGGGCGUUGUGAAAAAAUGCAUUCACUUGCGGUCGGAGCCAAUACCGAGAACAGCGAGGGCGCCUUCAUCAAUCGAGCACCGGAAAAGUGUAGCGAUGUGACGCCGGCAUUCCUCGAGUCCGCAUUUAUAGUAUAAAAUAUAUUAGACGACUACGUAGCCCUAAUUUUCAUCCUUUUGAAUGUCGUUUCUGUUGUAACCAUGACCUUAUCUGAGGACCACGUCUAUGAAAUUUAAGACUGACGUCAUAUUCAUUAUCCCAUUUUUCCCGUUCUUCUUUUGUUCAGUACUUAUACCUCGUCUAGGUCGUAAAAAGAAGUACAACUCAGGCCUUUACUCUCUUUCUCGCAUACACAGAUGCCCAGCGGGCGUACGUUCGCCGAAUUCGCUAGUCUCCAUCAUUGGGCCAAGAAACAGGCCGUGGACGACGCCGGCAAGAAUCAGUGGGUCCCGUGGAAUAAAGGCACACCGGAAUUCAAAACCUGGAAGGAAAAGACGCAAUGUUGUCGUGUUAAGGAGGCAACGGCUCCAGGAGUUCCUGCGGCUGCAGCCGGCGAAUCGUCGACAAGCAGUGGCCGCGGGUCCGCUCUUGUAGCAAGACCAGUCCAGCCUCCACCUUCAGGGACCGGUCGCGGAGCGCCGCCUUUUGUAGGCAACUGUGUAACGACGGGGAAGUGCACAGUUCAAGUUUGCGUUGGAGGGAUGAGUAACCACGGAUGCGAAUAUUAUGCCCCUCGAGAUCUCAUGACGAGGUUGGAACAACUGGACUUCUGUACGGAUCUCAGCACAUAUGCAGCAGGUAGGGAUGGAACGCUGGGGAAACAGGUGAACAACAAGUACAGCUUCGCUCAUAAUGCACCGCAGAGCUGUGACGCAGUGACGCAGCAGUUUGUCGACGACAACCUCCGUGGGGUAUUAUUCCACAUCACAUGCUAUUACUUCUUGGCGAUAAAACAUCCUGUUUUCGUAAGUCGUUUAUCUUUUAAUAGACUCAGACGCUCACCCGCACUCCCGUACAAAAUCACACAGAUCGACAACCGCAAAGCGCGACGCGACACGUGGGUAAAGCCUUCCCAAGAUGGGUCUUGCUGUAUGGAGAGGGUAACACAAACACUUCAUGCCGCUGGCACCUCGACAAACGUCGGAGGGCGGCUUUCUGCGCCUGUUGCAAAAGCCAGGGCGCCUCCUUCGCUGCCACCUCAGCCGGCUGCUCAAACGAUCAGGAACACGGCGUCUUCCAUCGCCAACUGCGUAACGACGAAAAGCUGCAGGCGUCUGGUUCAUCCCGGCAGUCAUGACUCUGGUAAGGUUUCGGUUGACGACAUGACCUUUGGCAACAAGAAGGAUCUCUGCGCGAGUCUGCCGGAUAUUGGAAAACAACGGGAAGACGAUGGGGAAACGCCGGAUCAUAGCUUCACAUCCCUACCGACGAGUUGCAGCCAAGUGACGCAGAAAUUUCUGGACGAAAAUCUUUGGGUACUGCAGCUUUGUCUCUGGCACAAUCACAAAUCUAUCAUCUUGAGGGACUUCGAGUGCUCGUUUCUUUCAUGCGAAAAUUUUUUAGAUAGUUGUAGCUGUCACCGAAACGAAUGAUCCCACCAAUGAACUUGACAAGCAAGCAACACUCAUGGUCUCACUUCCGCAAUACACACACAGACGUACGGGAGCGAGCCGAAAUCGACCGGCUGGGCAAAAGACCACCCGAAAGCUUGCUGUAAGGAGCGGGCAUCGCGCUCAGGCGGCACGACUACAAAGUUGAAAGGCGUCGCCGCAGCGUUGCCUCGUCCGGUGACUGCGACUAGAACCACAGUUACUGCCCCACCCAGCCGUCGCAGUCUGCCUGCUGGUCGUGCAGCAACUGGCCCGGUCAAGAACUGCGUAACGACGGGGAACUGCAUCGCUGAGCUACAAAUGGAUUCUACUGGCGACAAUUGGGAACAGCUCGACGUCAUGGAUGAUCCGCGCAAACCAAUUUUGCGCUGUGAAAAACUGAGCACGCUUGGAAAACGUGGAGCAGAGGCGAACCCGGAGGGCUACAGCUUCGAUUCCUUACCGCAGAUGUGUGGAGAUGUGACGCAGGCGUUUCUCGAUCAAAACUUACGGGUACUAGACACGCCUUUAUUUCUCUAUUGUGUUUGUGCAUAGUAGUAGUGUCAGCCUUGAUGUUUGAGCAGCUUGGAAAUGAAACAAGAAUGAAGAUGAGUUAAAGAGUGAUCACCCCGUCGCUUCCUCCAACGAAUUGGGUCACAACAAACUUGGCAUUGAUUUGUGUUAUAUCUCUCCUCUUUAUUUCGUAAUAAUACAACGACAGCAUCAAUCGUCCAAGCAACCACGCUAUGGUUGGGUAAACAACCAGGAAGUGCAUAUGCAGAAGCCUUGCUGUAAGCAAGCGUAG